AUGCGUACAUAUUUGAAUAAAAAGAGCAGACGAAUCUUUUUCAAAGUUCCUACGAACAACACCGCUGCUAUGAGACAGGAGCAACAUCGUAAACGUUCAUUUUCCGGUAUAAAUCCGCGCAAGCGUGAUCGGCACGAUCUUAUCUGUGUCGUUUGUCAUGCACCUGCAAUGGGUUAUAAUUUUGACCAAAUAACGUGCGAAAGUUGCAAAGCAUUUUUCCGUCGCAAUGCCUUAAAUAAUGCCGAUAAAUUUCAAUGUCGAUCGGGCACGAACGACUGUUUAAUCACUUUAGAUACAAGAAAAAGAUGUAAAGCGUGCCGUUUGAAGAAAUGCUUUGAUAAAGGUUUGCGCAAAGAAUGGAUUAUGUCUGAAGAAGAAAAAUUAACCAAGAAACAGAAAAUAGAAGAUAACCGUCGACUACGUGCGCUGUCACAAAAUUCUACGAUGCUUGCCUUUACACCUUCGAGUUCACCACCCGUCGUUCCCGAAACUGAAGCAUUUCAAUUUCCUCCCGUUUAUCAAAAGCGUCGCAGUCAUUAUGAUGAAGAUGAAACUAAUGAUACGAAACAACACAUUCGAUUAUCUGAUGAAGCACCCGAUGUAGAUGAUACCAACUUACUGGCAGAGGUUUUGAAUAAAAAGACUAUUCUUUCAAGUGAACAACAAUUUGACUAUAAAAUCUUGCUUGAUGAAUUGGACCGUUUAUUAUUGACCAAAAUUGAGGAAGACUAUAGUCGCGCUGUCCAUUUAAAUAUUUCAGUUGUACGUGGCUUUCAACAUCCAUGUUUACGAAGUCUCAACGAUGUCACAGAUGUUGUCAAUGAACCUGCUCAAAUCAGCACCGUUCGGAUGAUUACGUUUUUCAAACUGACACCCGAAUUCAAUAGUUUACACGAAGACGAUCGAUUAUCAUUGGUUAAGUAUAACUUACUUCCCAUACUUUACUUACACGUUUGCAUGUGCAUCGACAUGGAAACCGAGAUCUUUUGCGAACCGAAUACUACCAACGAUUUUUGUUAUCAUGCAAGUGAAUUACGUCGUUAUUCCGACGAAAUCUACCAUGUAACGAUGGCAUUAGUCAAAGAAGUUCAAGAUAUAUGUUGUAAUGAUCAUUUAAUUAUCAAAUUGGUUAUGUUGCUGAUGAUCUUCUCCAAAGGAUCUGAUUCAAAUGAGCCCGUUUGGCAUGAAACACAGAAAAUCUUUCAAUCACAGAAUAUGUUCGUCGAUCUACUUUGGAAAUAUCUCGAUGUCCGCUUUGGCAACGAUAUGGUACCGAUCAUUUACUCUCGUCUCAUCUUCGCCAGUAUGAAAGGCCAGAUUUUAGCACGAAAGACCAAAGAGGCGAUCGCCAAACAAGAGAUCAAUAAUGAUCAACUUGCGCCAUUAAUGCAGUCGGUCUUAUUCAAUUCCUAG